AUGGAAGCAAUCAAGCUUCUUCGCAAACAAAUAUACAGAGUUUCUCCUACCAAUGAUCAAAGUGAGAGCAAUAGAAACUUUAAAAAUUUUCAAAUAUCGCCAAAAAAUAAUCAUCUUGCGACCGUUGACUAUUCUUUAACAUUUGAUUUUAAAUCAGAGCAAGACUUAAGCCCACCCGUAAGGCUGCAUGCUUAUACACAAGUUUCAUUGAAGCCGCCAAGAAAUGUAUUUAGGAAUCGAUUUAGCUCAAAACAAAUAUGCUUCUCUAUACUGACUAUCAAUAAUCUGCAUCUCUAUAGAAAAAUAUCUUAAAUAAUAGUUAAAUUUUAUAAUAAAAAGAGAUAAUACUGACUUAAAAGAGGGUCUCAACAAAUCAAUUUCAGCAAUUUCAUAUAGAGACAAAAGCUUUUGCAGAUCAUAUUCUCCUACAGCCCAACAGCAUAAAAUGGUCUUUAGCUUUAGAAAGCCUGAAUUUAUAGCUCAAAUUAAUGAAAGCUACAGAGGAAUAAAAACUCCAAAAAAUGACUAUUUCAAAGACAACUCAGAUUUUCUGCUAGAAGGCAAAAGAGAUAAUUUUUUGUAUAAAUCAAGGCCAAACUCAAGGGUUGCUAAUAUAAAUAAAGUAAUAAGGAAUACAUUGAAAAAAAUUGAAAAAAUUGAGGAGAAAAACAAAAUGAAAAUUGAAGAAGAUGUAGAGGAAUUCAAGCCUUGCCUGCCGAUUGUACAUGUAAAAAAUAGGCAUUUUACGAUAAGAUUCAAUAAAAAUAGCAAUUUAAGGAUUGAUACUAAUGUGUAA